GUUAUUAUGAAAUAUUAAUUUUUGUCUAUUUCAUUUUUUUUUUUACUUAGUUUCUGAUAUUUUUUCUUGAAUUACAUUUAUUUUAUAAUAAUAUUCAUAACUGUUUUCAUUAUUAUAGUUAUAAAAAUUGUAUAAUGGACGAGUUAGAAGUAUGGGAAGACUUAGCAAAUAUACCACCAGAUCCACCUGUGAUGCGAGAAGUUUGUACGAACUGCAAAAGACCUAUGAUAGUUUGUUGGUGUUCUGCAUUACCUCCAGAAAAAUUAAACCCUCGGAGUAGAGUUAUAAUACUGCAACAUCCUGCUGAAGAGAAGAGGUGUUUACGAACUGCACCAAUGUUGCAAUUGGGUUUAACACAAAACAAGUGCCUUAUAUAUAAAGGGAAGAAAUUCCCGCAACCUAGACAUGAAAACUUAGAGAGUAUUCUAACUCAACCAAAUACAGUUUUAUUAUACCCAAGUAAAACAGCUAUUGAUAUAAGAGAUUUGGAGAAUGACUCUGAAUCUUAUAAUCUUAUAUUGAUAGAUGGAACAUGGCCACAAGCAAAAGCUAUAUACACAUCUAGUCCAAUACUACAUAAUAUCAAACAAGUAAAGCUUCUGACUCAUAUUACAAGUAGUUAUAUAAUAAGAACACAGCCAACAGAAGGCUGUUUAAGUACGCUGGAGACAGCUGCCGAGGCACUCUCACAACUUGAGGGAGACUACACCUAUAGAGAACAACUUAUCAAGCCUUUACAUGUAUUAUGUAAAUAUCAAUUAGAUAAUGGUGCAGUAACACAUCAGUCAAAAGAGUUUUUAUUGAAAACAAAAAUGUACCCUAAAUUGAUUGGUAAAAGAUUAUCUAAACUUUUAAGAUCUACAAGUGAUUGUGUAAAUCAAACUUAAAUAAAUAAUUUUGUAAAUAAAUAUCUUUUCAUAUUAUAGGUUUCAUAUAAUGAAUGACUCGAUGAAAUUGUUAUGGUGUG